AACAGACAACACUAAAACUACUACACAGAAAAUAGAAAACCAAGAUGGCUGUCGGCAUAGAAAAUUAAUAUCAGUUUUUAACAUCAAAUUAGUAAUCUGUGCUUGUUGUAAUAUCUUCGCAAUGUCUGACGAUAUGUUCUAUUGCUCCUUUGUGAGUAUUCACUAUAUAAUCUGUGAAUGUGGGGAAACAUUUCCUAACGAAGACGAAUUGAAAAAUCAUUUAGAAAGAGAUCAUGCUAUGAAAAAGGAGAAAAAGGAAUUCGAAUGCGGAGUCUGCCAAGCUUUGUUUGGUUCGGAAGAAGAUUACAUUGCACAUUAUGAGAGCAGCCAUAUUGAGAUCAAGCAAGAAAAUGAUUAUGACGAUUAUGUUGUCACAGAGGCUCCCGAGGAGGAGAAUGAAGUUCCUGCUGAUAUAAUUUAUGAAGAAAUAAUAGAGGAACCUGAGCCUCCUAAGCCCAAACCUAAAAUUAGGAAGGAGCGGAAACAAAAACCUAAUUACAAUGUCAAGAACAUUGUGUGUGAGGUCUGCGGGAAGAGAUAUGCUUCUAAUGCAGCCCUGAAGUAUCAUCAGCGUGUUCACACUGGCGAGCGUCCCUACAAAUGUACGCAGUGUCCGAAAAGUUUCACAAUGCCACUGUUCCUUCAGAUUCACCUGCGGACACAUACUGGGGAGCGACCCUAUGAGUGCCAAGUUUGUCCCAAGGCCUUCAGCAAUAAGGCGGCCUUACUAAGACAUGAUAGGGUCCACACCGGAGUCAAACCUUACGAAUGUCCGGAGUGUGGGAAGUUCUUUACUCAGUCCAAUUCAAUGAAGCUGCACGUGAACACGGUGCAUUUGAAGAUGCCAGCUCCAUACAAGAGUAAGACCAGACGGAAUAAGGCCAAGGAACGGGAAAUGUUGAGGGCUGCCAUCCUCAGGGUCAUGGAUGAUGAAGAGACUGCUGCAGUGCAAACGAUAAGUGAGUCGAACGAAGGUCAAGUAUUGAAAGAUGAACAGCACUACAUAAGUCCAGAUAUACAUUAUAUCAAGGCUGAAGAGGGAUAUAAACAAGAGGUUGAGGAGGCAGAGAUCCUCUAUGAAGACGUGGACUCUAGAGAAAUUACUUACGAAGUGGUCUAUGAACAGUAAUCACCAUGAUUGACAGUCCACUGCUGGACUACGAAGCCCUCCUUCACGUCAGAAGGUUUUACCUCCAAUAAUUACACUCCCAAGUGUUAUUAAACUGCUACCCGGGUUCUGUUAUAUGCGUUCCUUGUUCGGGUAUACCAUACCCACCUGAAUAGUGGGGGUGGUGAUAAAAUGUAAUGUAAUCUACAGUCACUAUAUGAGAAGAGAGUUUGUAAAUAUAUGUGUAAUGUUUCUAAAUUAUCAAUGAAUGAAUUUUUUAAGCUUUUAUGCGUUUACGUGGCCUUAAACUGUUUUUUUUUUAUGACUGAUCGGCAAAUGAGAUGGAAAUCCUGAUGGUAAGCAAUCAACGCCGCCCAUGGACACUCGUUAUACCAAGGGAGCUACUAUAAGUGAGUGGCGGUAGAGAAUUAAGGUGGGGGAAGGAUGGGGCCUCCGGUA